AUGUCAGGCUCAUCUUCCCUUAGACGUUCUAUCGUGGCCCCCAAUAGUUCUUAUGCUUCGGUCCUUUCUGGUCAGUCUCGUCUUUCCGGCUUUACAUCGGAGCUCAGCCAUCACAACGGGACCGGGGUCCAUAGCCGGCAUUUACCAAGCUCCACCAUAAAUUUUCCCGCGUCAAAUAGUUACGCCAUGAGUCAGAAUCAAGCAGCACAGCAGCCUACCACUGUCCCCAGUUACCUUGCAGAGUCAAGUUAUGCCGAGAGGCUGGCUGCGCGAUCCGCUGUCUUUAACCCAUUGCCUACCCCACCCCCGUCCUUAACACUUUCUGGGAAGGUCUCGCAAACCCAUCGAGGACCGGCGUACGAUGUUAUCGAGAAUGUUUCGGGUGAUGAUGAUGUGUUGAACCCGCUGCCUACAAGAUGGAACGAAAACGACAAGUGCCCAGGAAUUGAUCUUCCCAAUAAUGGAAUGGAAGUGAAAUUUAUUGGUAAACCUACCUUGUCAACUGCAUAUACUCCCUGGAGACUGUUCUUCAGUGCUAAUCUUGGCUUCAACCCCACUUGUUGGAGUCCUAGGCCCUCAAAAAGCUAGUGACAAUGAUGCUGCUGCCGUAAGAGCCGAUCAAUCUAUGCCGCCACAAUGUGGAUUGUUCUAUUACGAAGUUACGGUUGUUUCGAAAGGGAAAGAAGGGUAGGUUGACGCACCUAGGCGAGGCGAAUGGCGUGCUGAGAUUUUGAGUGCAGUUUAAUCGGUGUUGGGUUUUGCACGCAGAAAGUGCAGCUCAAUAGGCUGCCGGGUUGGGAACCCGAAUCAUGGGGAUAUCAUGGCGACGAUGGGAAUUCUUUCUGCUGUCAAGGUACUGGAAAACAGUACGGCCCUCAGUUCUCCACCAAUGACAUCAUUGGCUGUGGUGUAAACUUCAGGACUGGGACUGCUUUUUUCACAAAAAAUGGCGUUGAAUUAGGUACCGCAUUCAGGGAUAUCAAGGGGAAAUUAUACCCGGCGGUUGGCAUGAAAAGGCCUGGGGAACACGUCCGUGUCAAUUUCGGACAAGAGAGGUUUAUUUUUGAUAUCGAUCACUACAUGAACGUAUGUCCUCUGUUUGCUUGUUCGUUUCCAGAGAAAGCUCUAAUUCACAUAAACAUCCAGAACGAAAAACGAAGAGUUUAUGACGAAAUCAACCGCCACCCCACAGCGGGCCUUUGCCCUUCCCUUGAUGAGGCUGCCCUAAUACAGGCUCUCGUAUCACAAUAUCUUGCUCAUGAUGGAUAUGUUAACACUGCGAGGGCAUUUUCUGAUGAUGUCCAAAACGAAGCUAGGGCAUUAGAAAGUGGACGCCCUGGCUCCCUGAAAGCUUUAGAGAUGAGGGAAGAUAAAGAUGCAAUACAUCGCCAAAGUAAGAUAUAGUACUUCCCGACUCUUUAUCCUCUCUUUUUCCACUCCUAAUAUUAGUUUGCUCUUGCAGAAAUUCGGGGCGCGAUUCUCGAAGGUGACGUGGAUCGCGCACUUGACCUCACCAACAAACAUUAUCCCGCCGUUUUGCCGAAUAAUCAGGCAAUAUUUUUCAGAUUACGUUGUAGGAAAUUAGUGGAGAUGAUCAGACAGUUUGCAGAGGCUGUUCACGACGCUCCUGCUGGCUCGAGGGGCUCCCACGAUGACCCCGUGGUUGGUGUUUUCGCACAGGAUAUGGAGAUAGAUGACCCCGCAGGCGCUGGAGCUGGUUGGGAGGAGAUGGAUGUUGAAGAUGAGGACGGGAGUGGUGGUGUCGAAACAGGCAUGGGGGCGGAUCAGACAAAGAAUGCUUUGGACGCUGCGGUUAAGUAUGGACAGGAUUUGAGGGUUGAGUUCUCGUCAGACACUAGACCGGAGAUCAGGAAGGCUCUAGAGGAGGCUUUUAGUCUUUUGGCUUAUACAGAUCCCAGAAAUUCUGUCCUCGCUCACUUGUUGGAUGAAGAGGGGCGAGUCUCCGUGGCCGAAGAACUCAAUUCUGCUAUUCUUGGUAUGCCAUCCGUUUUGUGGUAGUAAUUAUGUGCUAAUAUUGAUCCGAACCAUUAGUCUCAAUGGGGAGAUCAUCAGUCGCUGCUUUAGAACGACUUGUACAACAGUCCACCGUCCUGAUCAACGAACUGAGCGAAGGGGGAGGGCCUGGGGCGUUCGUCAACCUUCGCAACGACUACCUCCGCAACGAUCACCACCGCAGUGAUUAUCUCAAAACUCCAACUAGGUAUUGAAGCAUGGUGCUGGCUCAGAUAGCAAAGGGGCAACGUUGGCAGCAGUAGUGGUAAUAUUUGGCUUCAGAACGGUUGGCCGGGCGGCAUUAAAGUUUUAGCAUUCGUGGGGUUUACAGGCAUUUGUUAUCUACAACUUCUGGUACAUGGCUUUAUUUUCUUAUUUUUAUUUUUUUCUCCUUUUUUCUCUCCUCUAACUUUUUUUCUCUUUUUUCUCUUUUCUCGCCACUCUUAUUAAAUGUAUUUUUUUCUCUUUUUCUCGCUUUCCUCCAAUUACCUUUUGUAGGCGCGCUGUUGAUUAACUGGUACGGGUAUGGUAUCUGGGCUUUUAUGAUUGAUCUACGGCGAUGGUGGUUCUGCCGCUGUAGGGGGAUUUCCUCUUAUUUUCUCCUCUUCUUUGUUUGGCUAACAGCAAUCCCCUCCCUGAUAUCUAAAUUGGUAUACUCUACUCUACUCUUCCGGUGCUCUUCUCCCUCUCUACGAUCCCGACUUGUCAGGGGCAAAAGUGGAGGGGGGUUACUUUGAGCCUUCUCCCCUCCCUCCUCCCCCUAUACCCUUACAAAUACUAUUAGAGAAUAGCUGAGCAUGACGACUAAAAUCCGGGAUUCCCACACUCGUAUCGCAUUUCCUCUCCUCUACCCCCUUCCAUUUUUUUUUUCAUCAAUGCUUUGCACCCUUUCCCCUGCAAAACCGCUUCCACCCAAGCUUGUUGGUUCCAACCCACAUGCAGUAUCAUAGGAUAUGUGAUUUUCCUGGGGUAUGAUAGCAUUACUUUUUCAUUAUUCUUACCCCUCUUGCCGUUUCUAAUUACUAAUUGUAAAGCCUUUUCUCCACUCUGCUCUGGUCCGCCCUCUCAUUUUCCUUUUUUUGUAUGUAGUUUGUCGGGUAGGUUGGUGCAGGUGAAGUAGGAAUCGUUUUAUCAUAAUAUUAUCAAACUGAAAAUUGGAACCUUGCCGAACAGUUGAGCGGGGCGGGUACGAUUGACGAGUGAGAUGUCGUGAUGUAAUGGUGUGAUGGUGGUUUGGGGAAUCUUGCGGCGUAGUGGUGCGUAAUUAGACAAGCUAUAAUGGCCUAUGCCGUUCAGUUUUGGUGAGCCACCCUAGGUGUCAAGCUUACUUCCCACUGGAAUUCGCCGGGUUUCUUGCCAUUGGUGAAGGGACGGACGGUGCGGUGCGGUGCGCCUUUGCGCUCGCAGAGUAUUUCUAUUUCAAGCCUUAUGAUGGGCUAUGGGUAGAAUAUCUGGUUGUUAUCUGUUAUCCGUGACGGGAGAUCUUGGGGGUGUUACGGGGUCCGUUGACAUCUAGGCUACACGAGUUUUCGAUUCGUUGGAAGUAGAAGAUAGGGUGAUUCUGCUUGAGGAAUCUUUUGUUUGUUAUAGGUGGAUAUACGGUAGGUAGUUGGUUUUCUAGGGAGUAAGUCAGUCGUGCAUCAUAUCCUCUGCAGGAUACAAGGAUGCCGGUAUUAUAGGAUUACAAGUCGGUGCGGAAUUCAAGUGGGUUUUUCUUGUAGGCACACGCUUCGUAGCUGUGCUCGGUCCUCACUCGUAUCAGCUUGAGGCGUGUGGGGGAGGGGAGGUUUUUACGGGACGAUGUUCCAGGGAUAAUGAGUGGGUAGGAUGGCUACAAUUGAGUGUGAAUCCUACCUACUGGAGCAGUGUGUGUGGUGUUUUACCAACCGUGGUUUCCAAUGGAUCAUAUAUCCCAUAGUCAUCCGGUGUAAGAAGAUCCAGCUCAAGCUGAGAAGUAGAGGAAGGGGUCAUGCUGGAGCAAGCUGUAUUGUGUGAUACCUCCUAUGGCCUACCAGCCCACUCUAGCGGCACCAAGUUUGAGGGGUUGGCACUUGAACCCGCGAGUGAAUACGGAACCUACUGGCUGGCUGACUGGAGAUGACCGAUAGGCGCCCUAUUAGAUGGAGUUACUAUGUUAAGGGGUGUAGUUGGGAAUGGGGUCCGGGCGUGGUGAUAGGAGGGGGUAUGUUAGGAUGGGGUUCCUACAGAAUCUCUGCAGAGGCCAUUUUAUUCUUCUUCUUAGUGCUCUAAAUGUCCUCUAGCAGGAGUAGUAGUGAAUAUAACGUAUCCAGUAAUCCUCCACGACGGGGUGGUACUACUAUAGGACAUAAUUUACAAGGUAACCUAGGAAUUCCAUAGCUUUUCUUUGGUGGCUCGAUCAACUUGAGCCGGCAAACUUUGCCGUGUGUGUACCGUGUAAUUCUGAGGGUGGCCGAUUAUGUACACAGUUGUCCCACUUCCGGGGACAAGCAGGUACUACCUGUUCUGGCAUUGAGUUAAUACUACUAACUGUACUACCGCUAGCCAGUGAGAAAGUGAUUUUUUCCCGAUGCAGGCCGAGGGGAUUCGGCACUUAUCACGGGCGGGGAUAAUAAACCUCUCCCAAAAUAUUCUUGCUAUCCAGGCCGGUUUCUUGAGCGCCUGGUCAGAGUCCGAGCCGAUAGCGUGAGAUACCAACACCACUUCUUGGGAGAAAGCAGGAUCACUCCGACUAGGUAGCCCUUUCUGUCACUUUAUCAUAUAAUCUCUCAGUCCUAGUCUUGUUUGUCUUCCGGACCUAUUGGUGCACCUUUAGCGUCCCAUUCACCAUGUAAAUAGGGAAGUUUCUGAGGGGGUGGAGUUCAUGACUUGGAAGCUCUUCCCUCACUAGGCCGUUGCGGGAUCGUCACGGUAUCUCACUCGAUGAUUUGAAAUUUACUGGGGGUUGAAAUAAAGAAAUAAAUAAAA